AUGUUGGAGAAGAUCGGUUUGCCACCGAAGCCAUCUCUGAGGGGAAAUAAUUGGGUGGCUGACGCCUCCCAUUGCCAAGGAUGCUCUUCACAGUUCACCUUCUUUAAUCGCAAGCACCACUGCCGCCGAUGUGGGGGUAUAUUCUGUAACAGCUGUACCCUGCAAAGGAUGGUGUUGCGCGGACAAGGUGAUUCACCUGUGCGUAUAUGUGAACCCUGUAAAAAAUUAGAGGAGGCAGCGCGUUUUGAAAUGCGACAUGGACACAAAAAUAAAGCUGGGAGAGGUGGCUCAAAGCUUACAGCAAAGAGUGAAGAUGAAGUUCUAAACCAAAUUCUCGGCAUUGAAGGAAAGACGUUGACAUCAUCCAGAUCAGCAUCAACUGGUGAUAUGCUUUCAAGUGAUCAACAUCCCGCGAGUGGCGCAUCGGGUUCAAAUUUGCGAGGGACACCCUCUCAGGAUGAUAUUGGAAGCAUCUCGAGUGAUCAGCCUUCUGAUGCAGCAGGAGUUGAUGUUACUCCUGAAGAGUUGCGUCAACGAGCUGUGGAAGAAAAGAAGAAAUCCAGAACCUUAAAGGCAGAAGGGAAACGUGAAGAAUCGUUGAAAGCUUUCAAGAGAGGAAAAGAACUUGAAAGGGAAGCUGCAACAUUGGAGCUUAAUUUGAGAAAGAGUCGUAGAAAGGCUUCGUCUCUGGGCAACAAUUCUAAACUUUCAAGCACAAAAACUGAUGCUGAGGCAUCUUCUCUGGAGAAAGGGCCUUCCUCUCAAAGGAAUAUAGAAAAGGAUGAUCUUACUGCUGAGCUUAGAGAACUGGGAUGGUCAGAUGCGGAUUUCCAUGAUGCCGAUAAAAGAUCAGGGACUAUAAGUUUGGAAGGGGAGUUAUCAAAACUUCUUGGAGAAGUCUCCAACGGAGCUAAAACAGAAAAUGUAACCCGUGGCAUUGAUAAAUCUCAAGUCACAGCUCAUAAGAGAAAGGCUCUUGAACUGAAGCGUCAAGGAAAACGUGAGGAAGCCAUGGUAGAAUUGAAGAAAGCCAAAGUUCUUGAAAAGCAGAUUGAAGAACAGGAAUUGAUUGGAGAUGCUGAAGACGACUCUGAUGAAGAGUUCUCUGCACUGGUUCGUAGUUUGAAUUUUGAUAAACAUGAAGAUUCAUCAGUUGGGUUUGAUCUGGAUCAAGGCUUAGAUCUUGGUAAUUUUGGCGGUCUUGGUGAAGAUUUUGGCGGUCUUGGUGAAGAUCUUGGCAAUGAUGAAGAUCUUGAAGUCACUCGGGACGAUUUGCACGAUCCAGAUAUGCUUGCUGCCCUGCAAGCAAUAGGUUGGACUGAGGAGACAACUCAUGAUGAGGACUUAAACAUACAGUUUGAAGAUAAUAAUACCAGAGCACUGGAGAGCGAGAUCCAGUCUCUUAAAAAGGAGGCUCUUCGUCAGAAAAGGGCUGGUAAUGGCGAAGAGGCAUUAGCUUUGCUGAGGAAGGCAAAAUUACUUGAAAAGGAGCUUGACAAUGGAUCACAUAGAACCAACUUGACAGACAAUUUUGCGGUUCCUUCUGAAUUAUCAGAAGUAUCAAUGGAUCAAACUGAUGUGGAUGUCGGAAUCAUUCACGGGGCUAAAGGCACCAGCCGUAAGCCAAAGAGUAAAUCAGAGAUUCAGAGAGAACUUCUAGCGCUGAAAAAGAGGGCGCGAGCUUUAAGAAGUGAGGGGAAGUUUGAUGAGGCAGAAGAAGAACUAAAGAAAGGGAAGCUUCUUGAGAAGCAGCUUGAAGAAUUGGAAAGUGCUCCAAAGGUAGUGCACUCAAGUUAUAGCAAUAAGCAGACUGGUGACUUUAUGAUAACUGACGAUGGAGAUGAACUAGUGACAGAUCAAGACAUGAAUGAUCCUACAUACCUAUCACUUCUAAAGGGGUUAGGUUGGAGUGAUGAUGCGAAUGAGAAUCAUCCUCCCUCAUCUUCUGCUGGCCCACUAAUUGGCGGCUCUUCUACCACUCAAGAGUUGAAAAUACAAACUGAUGUCACUCAAAAAAGCAAAAGUGACAUCAAGAGGGAGCUCUUAGGACUGAAGAGAAAAUCCCUUGCCCUAAGACGCCAAGGAGAGACACUGGCAGCUGAGGAAAUGCUUAAACAGGCAGAAGUGUUAGAGGCACAAUUGGCCGGGCUUGAAGCUCUGGCACAAAAAGAACAUCCUGCUAAAUCUAUUAAGCAGGAAAAAAAUAAUGUUCUCAGUCCAUCCACAGCAGUAGUUGAUGGUCCAUCGAAUGACUUAAAUGCGACAAGCAGUCCCCUUAUAGAUGUGAAAAACGCAGGUUCAGUGACAGAAGAUAUACAGAAGGAGAUGGUUCAUUCGCACGAGAAGCAAAGAGUUUCAGAAAUUUCUUCCGGGAAGGAAAUUCCUUCUCAACAUGAUGUGAAUUCUCUCGAAGAAGAUAUAAAAGUGCACAAGCUAAAGGCACUUUCCCUAAAAAGAGAUGGGUAUUUGGAGGCAGCUAGGGAGGAAUUCCGCAAGGCAAAGCUUCUUGAAAAACAUCUAGAGGAGAAUAAGCCUCAUGAGGCAUCUAGUUUAGAUGAGAGUGAAUCUCGGGCAAAUACAAGUCCCAGUGAGGUUACGGGUCCUGCCGUCUCUCGCGUUGGCAAGAAAGAUUCCAGUCCUAGUUCAGCUCCAAAAACGUUAUCCAGUCGUGAUCGCUUCAAAUUGCAACAGGAGUCUCUUAAGCAUAAGCGUCAGGCACUUAAGCUGCGGAGGGAAGGUCGACAAGAAGAAGCUGAUGCUGAAACUGAGCUGGCAAAAGCUCUUGAGGCACAGUUGGAGGAAUCUUCAAGCUCUUCUACGAAUGCAAGUCAACCGGUAGAUGAGGUGGCAGUUGAGGAUUUUCUCGACCCUCACCUAUUGUCUGCCUUGAAGGCAAUCGGAUUGGAUGAUCCGAGAACUGUAUCCUCUGUCCCUGAAAAACCCUCCAGGAUUGAUAAUCCUGAUGAAGAGAGAGUGCAGUUGCUAGAACAAAUUAAGGCCGAGAAGCUGAAGGCACUGAGACUUAAACGAGCCGGCCAGCUAGAGGAAGCCCGGGAUGCGUUGCAGACUGCCAGACUUCUUGAAAUGAAGUUGAACUCUUGA